UGUUUCAAAGAUGGCGGCGGCUCCGGAGCCGCUGGUCCCCGGCUGCAUUUCCAGCCUUGUUGUUGUCCUCGCUGCCCUAAACCUCCGCGGCUCCUUCCCCUUCUCCUGCUUCCCCUCCGCGGGCCUCCCAGCGCCUGAUUCCGUUUUCGUCAGCUGUUGAAGAGCAGAACGCUUGAAGGUGACGAAUCCCCGUCUGCUCCGCGGCGUGAGAGAUCUGUUCCGUCCCAGAGCUGAGAAGACCACACCGCUGGAAGAGGGAAAAGAGCGGGAACGAGAACAAGUGGAGCGACGGGAACGUGGAUACCAAAAACAACUCUUGUCCUCUGGAAUGUUACAAUACAACUUUAUCGCUUGAAACACUAAUUUUAUCCGUGGAAGACCCUGAUUGUGUGUCACCAUCGACACCGAGGACUGACUUGUUCGCCGGUCGGAGAAAUUGGCUGAACGGGUGUUUUUAUCACAAGCUUUUUUGGAACAGUCCAAGUCGGCAACUUUUUAUUUUUUGUGGCCCUUGUAUCUCCAAGAUCUACUCCAAUUCUGUCUUGUGUGGUGUCGGACCUUUAGUUGUCAUUAAACCUGCUACUUCCUCCAUUCCCCCUGCUUCUUGCCAGGGAUUUUCACCUGGCUGGGAGUGGGUGGUGGGUGGACCACAUUUUAUUGGGUGGUUGGCCGAGGGGGAUUGUGAUAUGAUCAGCUGCUCCUUUCCGUGCUGUUCAUACUCAGCUUCUGAGGGAAUCUCCGUGCGACCCCAGGAUAAGGGAUAGUCUGCAGGUAGAGGGCAAAAAGGACGAGGCGGCGGCGCUACGGCGCAGGCCAGGUAUUUCCUUGGCUAACCGUUGUCAUUAUUUGUGUGCGGUCCUAGCGGUACGGCCUCACGGCCGCUGCAGCCAACCCCGACCGCAGCUAUGGUGAAGCUGGCAAACCCAGUGUACACACAAUGGAUCCUAGAGGCCAUCAAGAAAGUGAAGAAGCAGAAGCAGCGACCGUCGGAAGAGCGCAUCAGCAAUGCGGUCUCCAUGUCUCAUGGGCUGGAUCGCAAAACAAUUCUGGAGCAGUUGGAGCUCAGCGUAAAGGAUGGGACCAUACUGAAGGUCACUAACAAGGGCCUCAACUCCUACAAGGACCCGGACAACCCUGGGCGCUUGGCAUUGCCAAAGCCCAAAGGGAGUGGCAGCUCUGGAGGAGGAGGUGGUGGUGGAGGUGGAGGAGGCAGCGGCACCACCAGCACCAGCGGCACAUCUCAUUCUCAUUCAGGGAAGAAACCGGGACUCGACUGGAACAAGUUGAUCAAAAGGGCACUAGACGGGCUUCACGAGCCCGGCGGCUCGGGCUUAAAGAACAUCGAGCGCUUCCUCAAAUGUCAGGCCGAUGUGGCCGUCUACCUGUCGGGCAGCGGCUCUAUGGGGCCCGGAAUCUUCCACCAGCAGCUACGGGUCGCCCUGAAGAGGGCAGUGGCCCACGGACGCGUCACCAAGCAGGGCCCGCUGUUUCAACUCGUCAGCCGUAGCAGCUCCCAGGACGACGGGACCGGCACUGUGUCUCUGGACUCGCUGCCACCCGUCCGCCUGCUGCCACACGAAAAAGACAAGUCGGUGGCCGAGCCCAUCCCCAUCUGCAGCUUCUGUUUGGGGACCAAGGAGCAAAAUCGCGAUAAGAAGCCGGAGGAGCUCAUCUCCUGCGCCGACUGUGGCAAUAGCGGCCACCCGUCCUGUCUCAAAUUCUCUCCCGAGCUCACGAUGAGGGUCAAGGCGCUGUGGUGGCAGUGCAUCGAAUGCAAGACUUGCAGCAGCUGUCAGGAUCAAGGAAAAAAUGCGGACAACAUGUUGUUUUGCGACUCGUGUGACCGGGGCUUCCACAUGGAGUGCUGCGAUCCUCCCCUCACACGGAUGCCAAAAGGCAUGUGGAUUUGUCAAAUCUGCCAACCCAGGAAAAAGGGAAAGACGCUUUUACAUGAAAGGGCGGCACAAAUCAAGCGACGAUACAGUGCACCGGGACGUCCCAAGAACAGGCCGGGCCGGCCCUUCAAGAAGCUGGGGGGCCGCGGCCGGAGAAAGCGCUCCACCUCGGCCCACUCUUCUUCCAGCUCGUCCUGCGAGGGCUAUCCCGGCGACGACCGGCUGCUCUUCUCCAUGCGCGGGGACGACGAGCACUCGAGUGGCAGCCUUCGCUUCAACAACAAGACCAAGGGCCUCAUCGACGCCCUCACAAAGUUCUUCACGCCGUCGCCAGAAGGCCGUAAGGCCCGGCAGGAGGUGGUGGACUACUCGCAGCAGUGCCGCAUUCGGAAAAAGGCCAAUAGGAAAGACGGAGAUGAUAGAGGAGACAAUCAGGACGGCAGCGACUGGCGUGACGAAGAUGAAAAACUGCCCGGGCACGAGAACCUGACGGAAAAAGACAUCGAACUGUUCAGACGUAUCCAGGAGCUGGCGCUACAGAAAGUCGGGGUGACGGGUCCACCGGACCCGCAGAUGCGAUGUCCGUCAGUCAUUGAGUUUGGCAAGUUUGAGAUCCAGACGUGGUAUUCAUCUCCCUACCCGCAGGAAUACAGCAGACUACCCAAGCUCUACUUGUGCGAGUUCUGCCUACGCUACAUGAAAAGUCGCAGCAUCCUCUACCAGCACAUGAAGAAAUGCAACUGGUUCCACCCACCUGCCAACGAGAUCUACAGGAAGGAUGAGGUGUCUGUGUUUGAGGUCGAUGGGAAUGUGAGUACGAUAUACUGUCAGAACCUGUGCCUGUUGGCCAAGCUGUUCCUGGACCACAAGACGCUCUACUACGACGUGGAGCCGUUCCUUUUCUACGUCCUGACUCAGAACGACAACAAAGGUUGCCAUCUUGUCGGCUACUUCUCUAAGGAAAAGCACUGUCAACAGAAAUACAACGUAUCAUGCAUCAUGAUUCUUCCACAGUACCAGCGCAAGGGCUACGGACGCUUCCUCAUCGACUUCAGCUACCUGCUGUCGAAGCGAGAGGGACAGCCAGGAUCUCCGGAGAAGCCCCUGUCGGACCUGGGCCGGCUGUCCUACAUGGCCUACUGGCGCAGCGUCGUGCUGGAGUGUCUGCACGAGCUACGCGACCGGCAGCUCAGCAUACGGCACCUUAGCAAGCUGACGGGGAUCUGCCCGCAGGACAUCACGUCCUCCCUGCACAGCCUCAACAUGCUGGAGCAGCGAGGAGACAGACUCGUGCUGGUGCGAAGGGACAAGGUCGUGUCCACCCACAUGUCUCGUCUCAAGGCCCGGCCGCGGCAGCUCGACGUCGACCCCGAGUGUCUCCGCUGGACUCCGGUCAUCGUAACAAACACCGUGGUCUCCGACGCCGAGGGAGACGACGAUGAGGAGGAGGAGGAGGACGAAGAACCAGAGAAAGACAAUCGCAAGGAGAUCAAACCGAGUCACAAAGGCGCGUCGGCAUCCUGGCACCAAGAAGACAUGAGGGACGAGGAAGAGGAGGAGGAGGAAGAGGAGAGAAAGGACUUCUUGGAGUUUCCCAUCAGCCAAAGUUCUCCAGCUUUCACCCCCAUCCGCUGUCCGGCGGAACCGCAGCGGCCGCCGCCUCCCGCCAACGGGGAGCGCCGGCCCCGGGGACGCCCGCCCAAGAACUGGCCGUGGGGCAAAGUGAAGAACAGCACGCCGCGCGUGGGGCGGCCGCCCAAGAUCCGCCCGCUGGAAGACAAAGACGACGAGGACGAGGAGGUGAUGAUGGAGGAGAAACCGCCCACCUCCGCCGACAGCCCGCCCUCCCUUUUCUCCCUGGACAGACAGGCCGACUCGGGGCCCUUUCAGGCGCUCAACAUGGCCCGACACCCGUCCAUAAGCCCCACGCGGCGAGGGCGGCCCCCCAGGAAAAAGAGAGGGCCCAAGCCGAGGCUCGGGGACGAGCCGGACGACGGGCUGACCCAGCUCUCCGUGAUGUCCAGGCUCAACGAGCCCGUCAGGAAGAGCUGCUUUAGUGAAAGCAGUGAAGAGGAAGAAGAGGAGGAGGAGGAGGAGGAAGAAGAGGAGGAUGAAGAUGACGAGGAGAGCAGGGGAUGUUCCCCACCAAUUCUUACCAAGCCAGCUAUGGGGCUCAAGUGCAAGAAGCCCCUGAAGAGGCCUCGUUUUCGCCAGCGCAGCCACCCCCAGAGCAGCGUGGUGACGGAGACCAUCUCCGAGACCACCGAGGUGCUGGACGAAGCCUUCGCUGACUCCGACUCGGAGCGGCCGAUGCCGCGGCUGGAGGAGCAGCCGGCGCUCGGCCACCCCCAGCGUCGCUACCCGUCAGCCAGAGCCGCCCUGAGGCUGUCGGACCCGGGGCCCAAGAGGGGCCGCCACUCCAACUUCACCGAUUCAGAGGAAGAAGAUCUAACCCCGCUGCUGAAGCCCGUCGCUUCUCUGCCAGCAACUCUGUCCGAGCUUCCAGCGAGCAACCCCGAGGUCCCGGUGAAGAAGAAGAAAGGCUGGCCCAAGGGGAAAAGCCGCAAACCGCUGCACUGGAAGAAACAAGGGCCUGGGAAACCCCCCGGUGGCGGCGGCGGCCCAAGCCAGCAAACCCCCGCAAACAACCAGGGCCAAACCGGGGAUCCCCAACCGGCCAAAAUCAAGAUGAAGCCCGGCCGCAAACCCCGGAGCUGGUACCUGCAGCGAGCCCAGGAGGAGUCCAGCCGGCAGGAGAAGGAGCGACAGAUCCUGCUGGAGCAGCAGCUGCACAAAGUUCCCCCGCUCUUCGAGACGGACGGCGUCCCCAAACGCGUCUGCAGAACCAGCGCCGACCGAGGCCACAAGGACUCGGACGAGGAGGACGACUACUUCCCCAAACCGGCCGAGCAGAAGGUUCCCAAACGACGGGGGAGGCCGCCCAAGAACCGAACCCUCCACCCGCUCCCGCAGCCCGCGCCCAAACCCCCCGCCGCCUCGGAGCCGGAGGAGGAUGAGGAGGAGGAUGAGGAAGAGGAGGACACCGGAGCGGCCUGGGAAGAAGACAAACCCAGCCGCCCUCCGUCCCGGCCCCGGCUAUCCCCUUCCUCUUCUUCCACCCCCGUCUCCGGGCCCCGGGCCCCCAAGACGCGGCCGCAGGACGUGGACAUGGGGAACAGGGAGGAAGAGGAGGACGACGAGGAGAGGGAGGAGGAGGAGUGCGGCGGAGGCGGCAGCAACCGACGGACGGCCGUCACGCCGGGGUCAGGGAGCCGGCGGAGCGAAGACCACGACGCCGACGACGAGGGCGACGGACACCUGGAAGACAAAAGCAACAGUAAGAAGAGGAAGAGUCCGCACACGGACGAGGAGGACGAGGACGAAGACGAGGAGGAGGAGCCCGUCUCCCAGGCCAACUCUCCCCCCGUGAAGGAGGAACCCCAAGGCGGAGAGGCUUUUUUAGACAUGGAGAACAGCGUGGCCCCCGACUACGCCGGUAAACACAAGGAGGAAGAGGAGGAGGAGGAGGACGAGGAGGAGGCGGAGGACGAGGCGCCACCGCCGCCGCCGCCGAAGUGUCGUCCGUCUUCGUCCUCUUCGUCCAGCGACCCCCAGCAGGAGGAGCGGCGGCGCCGGGAGCAGGAGGAGUCGGCGGCCGCCGCGGCGGCGGUGGAGACGGUGACGGCCAUGUCUGCCCCCGCCGAGCCGCUGGCGCUGCCGCCGCUGCACCCCGAGGACAAGGACGUGUCCAUGCUGAUGGAGCCGCAGCACCCGCACCCGCACCCCCACCCGCACCCCGACUUCAAGGAGGAGCUGGGCCACCACCACGCCCAGCACCCGCACCACCACUCCAACGAGCUGGACCUGGAGACCAUGCAGGCCGUGCAGUCGCUGACGCAGGGCGAGGCCCAGGACGAGGAGGCGGAGCCGCAGCCGCACCACGGCGCCUACCAGGACUGCGAGGAGACGCUGGCCGCCUGCCGGACGCUGCAGAGCUACAGCCACGCGGGGGAGACGGAGGAGGAGGCGGCGCUGGCGCUGGUGGAGGAGUGCGGGGCGUCGCAGCACAACAGCCCGCUCCCCAACCCGCCGGCGCCGCCCGUGCCCGGCCAGUCCGUCCGCUCCGUCAACUCCCCCGCGCUGCCGUCGGCCAUCAUGGACGCCGCGUCGUCCGGGCCGCGGGGCGGCACGCCCGGCCCCUCCGGCUCCGCGGGCGGCGGUAGCGGCGGCAGCUACACUCAGAUCACGCCGGAGCAUUCCAGCUCCCUGUCGGCCCCGUCCCAGCAGAACAUGGAGACGUCGCCCAUGAUGGACGUGCCGUCGGUGUCGGACCACUCGCAGCAGGUGGUGGACAGCGGCUUCAGCGACCUGGGCAGCAUCGAGAGCACCACGGAGAACUACGACAACCCCAGCAGCUACGACUCCACCAUGGGCGGGGGCGGCAGCGCCGCCGGGAACAACGGAGGGGGAAUGUCGGUGUCCGCCGUCGUCCCAGGAGCUUCCACCGCCUCGUCGUCGUCGUCCUCCUCGUCCUCGGCCACUCCGUCCUCCCAGUCCAGCAGCUGCUCCUUCGUGCAGGCGCCGAGUCUCACGUCUUCCACGGGCAACGCCGGGUCGCAGCUCACUAUGGGCAGCUGCAGCCUCAUCCAGACGGGGCCCAACAGCGGGCCAGGGGGGACUAACGUGGCCGUGCCCCAACCCCCGCCACCGCCACCUCCUUCCAACACUCCCAGCUGUGGAAUCAAGUCCCCUCAGAGCUGCGGCGUGAUCGAGAGGCCGCCCAGCACCAACCAGUCCCAGUCCCAGAAGAAGGUUCCCCAGCAGCAGCAGCAGCCGCCCAACAACCCCCAGCCCCCGCCCUCGGCCCCGCCGGCCCCCCAGCAGCAGCAGCAGGCCCUGUCCCAGUGCAGCAUGGGCAACGGCUUCGCCUCCACCCCCAUGAUCAUGGAGAUCCCGGACAGCGGCGGCGGCGGCGGAGGGAGGACGCUGUACGAGCGCAUGGGCCAGGACUUCGGCACGGGCGGCUACCCGCAGCCCUCGGCCACGUUCUCCCUGGCCAAGCUGCAGCAGCUCACCAACACCAUCAUGGACCCCCACGCCAUGCCCUACUCCCACUCCGCCUCCGUCACCUCCUACGCCACCAGCGUGUCCCUGUCCAACCCGGGGCUGGCGCCGUCGCCGCACGCCCCGCUCGCCCAGGGCCAGCCCGGCAUGACAACGCCGCCCAACCUGGGCUCGGGCUCCAUGAACCUGGGCUCGCUGCAGCUGCAGUGCAACAUGCCGACGGCCGCCAACAUCGGCCUGGGCCCGCCGCACACGCAGCGGCUGCAGGGCCAGAUGACCACGGUCAAGGGCCACAUCUCCAUCCGCUCCAAGGCCACGCAGCAGCUGGCGCCGGCGCCGCCGCACCAGCAGCAGCUGUACGGCCGCAGCUCGGGCGCCGUGGCCAUGCAGGGCACGCCGCGCACCCUGGCCGUCCAGCGCGGCAUGAUGCCCAACCUCAUGCCCACGCCGGCGCCGUACAACUCCAUGAACAUGAACCCGCUCAACGCCGCCAUGUCCGCCGGGUACCGGAUGCCCCAGCCCAUGAUGAACAGCGGUUACCACAGCAACCCCGCCUACAUGAACCAGCCGGCCCAGUACCCCAUGCAGAUGCAGAUGGGCAUGAUGGGCGGGCAGGCGUACCCGCAGCAGCCUAUGCAGCCCAAUCACCACGGCAACAUGAUGUACACCGGGCCCUCGCACCACAGCUACGCCGGCGUGCCCAAACAGUCGCCGUACAUGAGCAGAUGAGCGGCCGAGAACUGGGGAAAAAAGGAGACACGGGGCCAGAGCUGACGCUCGCUGGACUCUUUUAAACGUCCAUUCCUCCUGUUAGCUCGUCCAGCGCCGCCUAAGGCGUUCCUGGAGUUACAGGUGGUUGGAAACGGAGAGUGUUUGGGUUUCCUGUUUUUCUGCGUCAUCAUUUUGUCCCUUUGUUUGUACGGGCUUGUUGCCCCAACCCACCCCAGCUCAGCGGGGAUCCGGGGGUUGGAUGCUGCAUCGGUUCCUGCGCUGUGGCUUCACACGGACGCAGGACUCUCCUCCUCCCCGACACGCACGGGAGCAGAGCAGGAGAGGACAAGAAUGACAAGGAAAAGAAAAGAAAGACAAUACAGGAAGUACCUUCCUCUCAGACUGUGGUUAAACUGAACACAUUCAACCAUGCACACAAUACUUUUAAUCGAUAUAGGAAGCCUUACCUUGAAAAAAAGAGACAAUGAAACACUGUAGGCGGACUGUCGCUUCGUUUUGUUGAAUGAGUCGAAUCUUUUUUUUGUUUUAUUUUUUUAUCGUUCGUUUUUUUGUCUGUUUUGUUUUUUAUUGCUCGUGUGCAGUCCGACCUCUUUCAUGCUUUGGUCUUUAUAUGUCUGGCGUUCUGAAAACGGGGGGACGCCCAAACUUUUUUGCUCCUACAAACACAAACUGAAGCCGCUCGGUCAGACGGUUUUCCGCGCGCUGGGAGGAGAAGCUUCAGAGCAGAGCGGGUUCUCGGCUGUUCCAAGGUGUCGAGCCGUUUCCAGAGUUUCCAGAGUCUCCGUCUCUCCCCGGACGGACGGACGGACGGACGGUGUUUGUACCAAAAACACGGCAGAGACACGAGAGACACUAGUCUUCUACAUCCACGAGUGAAGCAAGUAGCAUUACACUCCAAAUUUGCCGCCACUCUGAAGAAAAAGGUUUAGAUGUAAAUAUUCUGGUACUUCCCCAAAUAUUCAACACACACACACACACACACACACACUCCCAGACAUAAACACACACACUCACACUCGCUGGCUAGCUAUUGCCAGAAGAUGGCUAGCUCAGGAAAGUACAACAUGCAGCUCUUUUUGUCGACACUCCAAGACAAGACGGUGUACAAUGUGAGCCCCUUUUUAGCAGUUUAAGGAAUGCAGAGCAAACGGUGGAGUUUCCAUUUAACUGCUCGAAGGAAAGUCAGUUAAUUCUAGCUCUCCCUCCUCAAGCGUUAGUCGAGGAGUCAAGUCUAUUAUGUUUAUAACUGUAAUUCUUCCUUUUUUUUUUUUGUUUUUUUGUUCUUCUUUUUGACAAAAAUGCAGCACUCCAGUCGACUAGACGCGUGGCAGCAGACAGUUAUCCUUUGUGAAAGGUUUUGCCUAAAUGCCCGUCUAGUGCACGGAUCGGCCGUGACGGAGUCUCAGCGACGGAACAGGGUCCGAGGAGAGAAGAGUUUAGACAGUCAGUCCGUCUUCUCGCUACCAGUAUUCAAAAAGUCAAAAGAGGAGAUUGGGUUUCCUUACAGACUCGGCGUGCAUACUUUCUUUGUGUGUAUGGUUCCAGUUCUGUACUUAUUUCUUCUGUUUUGUUUUCGUUUCUGUUUUCUGAAUUUUAUCAGACUGGGCAGCUUUCUUUUAUGACACAAGCUGACUCUUUUUGACUUUAGAAACUUAUUGUAGAGAAAAUGUUUUUUCUAUAAUAUGAAAAAGAAAAAUCUGACAUUGAUAUUGGUACUGUCUUUUUUUUUUUUUUUUUUUCCACUUUUGUUUCAGGAAACGACAAAAAAAAAUACAUAUUUUUUAGCUCGCCUCUUGGGUAAUAAUUACUAAGAAAUUCAAAAUGUAAAAAAAUUACCACUCACUUUUAGUGACUUUAAGAUGCCUUUAACCUCUCCAUUCCAUCUCAUCUCUAGAGUUUUUCUAUCUUUGUGUAGUAUAUCGAUGCUAUUUUAAACAAAAAGGACUACAAAUAUCUAAAGGUCACUUGGCAUUGUUUUCUUUUUGUUUCUGUUUUUUUACUUGUGUGUGUAUAGGAAUACUUCCUUACAUUUAAGAGGCAUGUAAAAAUGAGCUCAGUAUAUUUGUCUGUUUAUAUUGCUUCCCUUUUUGUAUCCUUUGUAAUUGUACAUGUUGAGUUGUAUGCUAAGAGAGAGCGCAAAAUAAAGAGGUGGCGACCGCCGAGCACAGUGAAGGUCGAUUUCCGCUCGGCCACCUCAGCUCUCUCCUCUGUCCCUGUACGUAUUUCAAUUUGUUUUUGUUUUUUUUGUUUUGUUUUCUUUCUUAGCAAGUACUUUCAAAGAACUCUGUACAUUUUAACAUAAAAUGAAAAUAAAUUAUGUUGAGCCA